GGAGGAGGGGAGGAGGAGGAGAAAUACAGCAUCCUUCAUCAGACGGAGAGGAGAGAGGCAAAGAGGAAUCAGACAAAACGCUGGGACGCAGAAUAAAACAAAGGAGAAGAAGAAACACCUAUGGUGUCUGAGAGGAGGACAGACGGAGGGACAAGAGACACCCACAGACACAGGAAGACAGAGGGAGAGAGAGAGGCUUUAACAUCCGUCCUCUGGGCCUGAGCCGAUCAGCUGACUGCAACUCACUGGGGAGGGUGGAGCCAUGAUGGGAAAGGAUUACAUGCUGGCCAUCAUCAUCGUGAACUAUGAUGACAACAUCUGGACAGACCAGAACCUCCUCCUGGAUCCAGAUCUUCCCUCUGGCUGGAGAACAAUCAAAGACUCCACUGGGACCUAUUACUGGCACGUUCCCACUGGUACAACCCAAUGGCAGCAUCCCUGUCUUACUGGGAAGCCAAAGCCUCUUGAAACACAACAGGAAGAGGCCGAAGAGCAGAGCUCCAGCAAAGAGACAGAAGGAGCCACUGAGGAAUGGUCCUCAUGGCGGGAUGAUUAUCUCACCAACCAUGACCCCAACUCAAAGUGUUUCUCCGUUCGCUCUCUCGGCUGGCUGCAGGUGGAGGAGGAGGACCUGUCUCCUGGUCGGAGCAGCUUAGCUGUCAGUAAUGUCAUCCAGCAGUUGUCUCACUGCGGCAGUACCGAGCAGAGAGACAGGUCGGGGGCCUGGGGGGAGGGUCAGGAGAUGAUGCUGGUUCUGAAGAAAGACACCCUGACCUUGUUGGACCCAUUAGACCACACCCCCCUCCACUGUCAGCCAAUCAUCAACAUCCGUGUGUGGGGGGUGGGCUGCAACAAUGGCAGGGACAGGGAUUUUGCCUUUGUGGCUGGAGAUAAAGACAGCUGUGUUCUGAAGUGUCAUGUGUUUCGUUGUAAUGCUCCAGCCAAAGCCAUCGCCUCAGCGCUACAUGAGAUGUGCUCAAAGAUGAUGUCUGAGAAAGCUCUGAUGAGGUCAUCAUGCUCGCUCACCAUGGAGAGUAUCUCACCUGAAGACCUGCCCAGACAAGUGGAGUUUCUGGAGGCAGUACGGCAGCGGGUCCAGAAGUUCGAGGUCCAAUACAUCGGAAACCUGCCGGUGUCUAGAGCCAUGGGGAUGGAGGUGUUGAACAGAGCCAUCGAAAGCAUCAUGAACUCUACAGACCGGGACGACUGGGAGCCAACGGUGAUCCACAUCAGCGACAAAGUCCUGUCUCUGUGGACGGGGGAGGGCGGAGAUGAGCCCCUCUGGGAAUGUCAAGUACGUUUCCUGACCUUCCUGGGCGUGGGCCAUGACAGCCACACAUUUGCUGUGAUUGCGGACGCUGGCACGCAGCAGUUCGAGUGUCAUGUGUUCUGGUGCGAACCGGAUGCAGGGAUCAUCUCUGAGGCGGUCCAGGCUGCAUGCAUGGUCCAGUACCAGAAGUGUCUGGUGGCUCAGACCCCGCCUCCCAGAACCAAAUCAUGGCGUGCGACUCCAUCAAAGGUAAAACGAGCGAACUCAAUGGAUGGAGCAACCUUUCCUCCGCUCACAUCUCAUCACCACAGAAACAGCAGCAGCAGCAGCUCCACCUUGGUGACCACUGCGAAGGGCAGCAGCAGCAAUGUGAGGAAAGGGAUGAUGGCGUUCUUCGAGACGUUGCGCAACAAACAAGCUGCCACCUCGUAGUGAUGCAGACAGGACCGCCUGAUGGCCCUGGUCCGACUGGACUUAAAUGAAAUCACCAGACCAGCGUCGGAACCGCUGCUCUGUGGGUCUGAGCAACACCUGAGCCGAGGCCCACCAGAGGAGCAGCUGAUGAUUUCAGUCCCACCUGUCGUUGCUACUGAGCUGAACACGAUGAAUGUGUGCAGGUGUCUGACCUAUCAGAACCAUCGAUUCCUGCAUCCUCCAUUAUAGAUCAAAUCAAUGUGUAGAAAGUGAACUGACUCAGGAUCUUCAGACUUUAAAUGUGAAUAAAAAGUUUCUCCUUGACAAGAAAAGCAGAUAACUUUUCUGUAAGUUUCACCAUCUGAUUCUGAUUUCCCUGAAAUGUCCUUUAAAAGUAGAAACGUAGAGCAGAAAAGCUCCUUCCCUCACAGACACCAAUUCCUUUGCCUGCUUCAGCUUCUUCUGCAGUGAAGCCUUAAAACCAGACGUUGAGUUAAAAGCUACAGCGAGUGCUUCUGACCAAUAGGGGGCAGAAAUUAAGCUCAUAUUUGUGGCAUUGUUAACGUUGCUGACAUAAGCAGUUUCCAUGGAGUCUUCCUCCUGAUUGGCUGAUUCUUCUGCAGGUUGAGGCUGUUUUUUAAGGCUUCAGGAGAUUAUUUGCUGCUGAGGUUCUUCUGGUCUGUAAAUAAGAACAACCACUUUGGCCCAAAACAAUUAAAUGAUGUCAUGUAGAAAUAAACCUCAAUAAAACUGAAAAUCCUUCA